AUGACAAAAAUAAUGCCUGGAUUACAGCAACAGUUAUUGUUUGAUGUUGAGAUGUCAACGAAAUUUUGUUAUCAACCAGUUUUUGAUUUUAACAACAACUCAGUUUUGGAAGAUAAGUUUCAUGCUGAAGAAGAUGUCCAGCUAUUUCAUAAUGAAAUCAAUGUAAAGGUUGAACCUAAUGAAGCCAUGGCACAGUCUCAACUUAACAAUAUAUCCAGUCAUGUUGAGGCGUCUGAUCCCUUUCUAUCAACUGGAACAUACAAUCAGGUUUAUGGACUAUACAAUUCUGAAGCUCUGAACUCUCCAACGAACAGGAAGAAAACUGGUGGUAGAAAAGAAAGAACACCAAGAACAUUGUUAAAAUUGAUGGAAAGACAUAGGCAUAAUGAGAGAGUACGACAUCAUACUCUGAAUGAAAGAUUACGAGUGAUCUGUCAAUUUGUACCAGGAUCAGGAGAAGAUGGAAGGGAGACUAAAGUAGUGAUGAUGCAAAGAAUUAUAAGUUAUAUCGCUUAUUUAGAAAACACUAUUUGUCAAAUACGUAGUCAACUUGGUCUUACAGCAGAACCCUGUCUUACACCUUUAACUAUACAGUUGAGGAGACAAAUUGAUGAAUUUGCUAAGUUGGCAGUGGUUCCAAAUAUGGAUGAGGCCACUAAGAGUAAAAGAUCAAGAAUGGAACCCAAGAAAGAGGCACCAAGAAGAUAUAAAAUAUCAUCACCAACUGUUGAUUCUACAACUGAUAUACCUUUCUAUACUAAACCAUAUUACCAUAAUAGUCAAGAAUCAUCGCAGGAUUCCAUGGCACCGACAUCUACAUUUUAUUCCAUGAACUCUGAUAAUUCUUUACCUCACUGGUUAGAGGAUCCUAUGCUGCAUUCCAAUGAUGAUUUUGAGUCUUUAUUUGAUCAUCCAGUGUUUGAUAAAUCCAAUCAUUUUCAACCAAUUAUUACCUCAGAUUCUUUCAGUAAAGUGAAUGAUGUUACUAUGAGUGAAUGUUUUUUUGAACCUAUUCAGGAGUCAUUUACAAUAUUAUCUCAACCUACCUCAGAUAGUUCUAAACAAUCUGAUCACACUAAUCAUGAUAUACUGAGUGAAAGCAUGCAACAAGUAUUUGGAUUGAAUUCAUCAAACGAAACUGAUUCAGAUUUCUUGACAUCUAUGGUAGUAUCACCAGAUAAAGUCCUGUCAAUCAGUCAAGAAGCACCUCCCAGUCAUGCCGAAUUUUUAUCUAGUCAAGACACACACUCCAGCCAAGAACCAAUCCAUGAUGAGGUCCCAAUUAAUUCAAGUUUAUUUUUGACUAAUGAUCAUCCUCAAAGUAUGAUGAUGUCAACUGAACAAGAAUCCCAUAACCGUCCUGAUGAAGGAGCAAGUGAAGUUUCAAAGGAUAAUUCAGCUUAUGAACAUCCUACCCUUAUAGCUAAUCAUGAGGAAACAGUUACAUCUAAUUUGGAUGAAGAAAACAAUAUUACAGAACAAACCCAAGAAAGUAAAAUAUUCAGACUAGAAGAAAGGAUUCACUGUAUGGAAGAUGCGACAAGCAGCUUGUGGUCUCCCCUUCAUAGAAAUAAACGAAAACAGUAUACACCAACGAAACACGAGCCAUUGAUGAACAUGACUAAUUAUUAUUCAACUCCAGAUGACAGUAAUGAUGGAACCAGUAUGUAUGAAACACCUAUAAACUUUACUAACAUGUUGAAUUCUUGCCAUAGAUAUACAAAAUCUGAACAGUCCAUGAACAGCAAUUUGGACAUGAUCAAUGAAAAAGAUGUCUCACCUACCGAUCAGUCUUUCAAAACAAGUGAAACAUUGAAUACUUUAGUGAAAAUUGAACCAAAUGUAACAAGUCCAGAGGCAAGAAAAUCUGCCAGAAUUGAGAAUCUAAAUGUAGAAAGAGAAUCAUUAUCAGUCAAUAAAGAGAUCCAAACCACACUUGCAGCUUUUAUUAAUCCACAAGAGAUGCCUAGUAAUGCUUCAGUAACUAUUACUAAUACAGAAAAUCAACAAGUCCUACAUCAAAUACCAUACAGUUGGACAUUUCACUCUAUGAAUGAUACUGCUGGUAAAAAAUAUAAUAGUACUAAUACUCCUCAAACUAUUAUCAAAAUACAUAGACCACAGGCUCCCCAGAUGAAAGAGAAUAUUCCACCAAUAACCAAUUGUAAAUUAGAUCUGAGGAAAACAUCUUGGAUGAAUGGCUUUAUGAUGUUUAGUAGAUUGAAUAGAAAGAAUUUUAUCAGUGCUAACCCAGGGGUUCACACAUCUCAUAUCAGCAAAUUGAUGGGACAGUCAUGGAGAAAUAUGUCUGAUGAGGCUCAACAACCAUACAAGGAUAAAGCCCAGUUAUUUCUAUCAGAUACAAUACCUGGUAAUGGUGAAAUAGAAUUAGAGAAAAAAUCCAAUCGUAUUAGUAUUGUAAAGAUUUGUGGUUCCAGUAAACCUGGUGGUGCAUGUCAACCUUUACCAGUAUCUGAUGUAUCAUCUGGAUCAAUACCACCAUCAGUAUCUUUUAAACCAAUAUCACCAGCAGCCAACAUAAGAUCUUCAGCAGCAUCAACAUUACAACCUCUAGCAUCAGCAAUAAGACCUGUGGCAUCAUCAUCCAAUUUGAGACCUAUAGUAACAUCAUCAUCCAUCAGGCCAGUAACAGCAUCUCUUCCUAUAUAUAACUCACAAAGAUGGAUGUAUCUUUAA